CAUCGAUCCUUCCUUUUCUUCUAACAUAUACUUACUGAGACACGAUGCCACCGAACGUUGAGCUUGCUACUACUCUCGUCGCUCCCGUCUCUAAUGACAUCGGUUCUGUCACACACAAGACGAAAGAUGAAGAUGAAGUUUUUAACUGGGAGCAAGUUUACUACUUUGUUUCUACGAAUCAGAUCAAAAGUCUUCAUCGCCAUAAACAAGUUCAAGUUGUCUAUGAUAAAUGGAGAAAAGAUACUCUUGCACAGUACGGUUCUCUUGAAAACUACCUUUUAACCAAUAAGCUGGAAUUCGGGACUAUGAAAGAUGCCCAGCGCCCGCCUGUGAUCAUCUUACCCAACGACUUUCCUUAUUCCGUCGAGGCUGAUAUUGAUCACAUCUUGCUCUGGUCACAAGUUCCUCUGUCUCGUACUUAUAUCGAAGACAUCUUAGAGAACAACUAUGGUUCCGACAAGUACGAAUGGGUGUACUGGGUGAACCCACCGGAAAUUCAAAGUGUCAAGAAGCUCCCUCACGUACAUGUCUUUAUGCAUCCCAAGCAAUCAUCGUAAUACAGGUCCUGCCCCUCCUUUCCCUUCGUGCGUUACACCUUAGGUGUCUAUCGUUUUUCACUCAAGUUUCUUCUCUUUCUCUCUCUUUCCGUGUAAAUUGUAUAUGUAAAUUCUCUAUCAUUACCAUCACGUGCUUUUAUUAUAGACCCACUCAUCCUUUUGCUCAGUAUGCCCUCCCAUCUCUCUUUUUUUUUUUUUAUACAUGCU